AGCUACUUUCCACCACCCCCCGUCGCGCCACGUCGCUUUUACGACUGUGAAGACCACUCGGCGUUCCCAUCCCUCCAUCCCUCCCUCCAUCCAUGGCUUCGGUGGAGUCCCGGCGGGUGGGAGAGGGCGGCGGCACCUUCCAGCCCUAUCUGGAUUCCUGGCGGCGGGAGCUGCAGCGGCAGGACCCCACGCUGCUGUCGGCGGCGGCGGCGCUCCUGGCCGUGCUGUUGACGCUGGUGUUCUGGAAGUUCGUCUGGAGCAGAAAGAGCAGCCAGAGAGCUGUUCUCCUGGUUGGCCUCUGUGACGCGGGGAAAACGCUCUUGUUUGUCAGGCUGCUCACAGGCCAUUACAGAGACACGCAGACAUCCAUCACGGACAGCUCUGCUAUGUACAAAGUCAACAACAACAAGGGCAACAGCCUGACCUUGAUUGACCUUCCCGGGCACGAGAGCUUGAGGCUUCAGUUCCUAGAUCGGUUUAAGGCUUCAGCCAGGGCGAUUGUGUUUGUGGUGGACAGUGCGGCAUUCCAGCGCGAGGUAAAAGACGUGGCCGAGUUUCUGUACCAAGUCCUCCUGGACAGCGUGGGUCUGAAGAGCGCCCCGUCCUUCCUCAUAGCCUGCAAUAAGCAAGAUAUUGCAAUGGCCAAGUCAGCGAAGUUAAUUCAGCAGCAGCUCGAAAAGGAACUCAACACCUUGCGCGUGACCCGCUCUGCCGCCCCCAGCACCCUGGACAGCUCCAGCUCUGCCCCUGCCCAGCUGGGAAAGAAAGGCAAAGAAUUCGAAUUCUCCCAGCUGCCCCUCAAAGUGGAGUUCCUGGAGUGUAGCGCCAAGGUCGGCAAAGGGGACCCGGCCUCUGCCGACAUCCGGGACCUGGAGAAGUGGCUGGCCAAGAUCGCCUGAGAGGAAGGGAGUGUGUGUGUGUGUGUGUGUGUGUGUGUGUAUGUGUGUGUGUGUGUGUGUGUAUGUGUGUGUGUGUGUGUGUGUGUGUGUGUGUGUGUGUGUGUGUCAUAAAGAAUGACGACAGCUUUGAAGAAGGGCUGUGGUUUUCUGGGUUGAUAAACACGUGUACAAACCGUG